AUGGAUAGUCCAAGAAAUAUCACAGAAUUUUUUAUGCUGGGACUGUCACAAAAUCCUAAGGUACAAAGAAUUUUGUUUGUGCUCUUUAUCUGUGUCUACCUGGUCUCCGUUGGAGGCAACCUGCUUAUCAUGAUCACCAUUUUCUUCAGCCCCACCUUGGGCUCCCCUCUGUACUUUUUCCUCUCAUGUUUAUCUUUUAUUGAUGCUUGUUAUUCUUCAUGUAUGACCCCCAGACUCAUCGCUGACUCAUUAUAUGAGGGGAGAGCCAUGACUUUUGAGGGCUGUUUGGCCCAGUUCUUUGUUGCUUAUUUAUUGGGAGGAACUGAAAUCAUUCUUCUGACAGUGAUGGCCUAUGACCGCUAUGUGGCCAUCUGCAAGCCCCUGCACUACAUGACCAUUAUGACCAGGAAAAUCUGUGUCAUGCUGGUGGCAGUGGCUUGGCUGGGGGGCUUCUUGCAUUCAUUGGUUCAGCUCCUCCUGGUCCUUCGGUUGCCCUUCUGUGGGCCCAACGUGAUCGACCACUUCGUCUGUGACUUGUACCCUCUGCUGGAGCUCGCCUGCACGGACACCUACGUCACUGGUCUGCUGGUGGUGGCCAACAGCGGUGUGAUCUGCCUGCUGAACUUCCUCAUGUUGGCUGCCUCCUACGUUGUCAUUCUGCACUCCUUGAGGUCCCACAGUGCUGAGGGGAGACGCAAAGCCCUGUCUACCUGCGGGGCUCACUGCACGGUGGUUGCUUUAUUCUUCGUACCUUGUAUAUUUAUUUACAUGCGCCCAUCAUCUACUUUAUCGAUAGACAAAAUAGUUGCUGUGUUUUAUUGUAUUUUGACACCCAUGUUCAAUCCCCUGAUUUACACUCUGAGAAAUGCAGAGGUGAAAAACGCCAUGAAGAAUCUCUGGAAAAAAUGA